AUGUCUUUCGAUCCAGUCCACGAUAGCAUCACCAACGACCCACAAAAGGUAUCCAUACCGUCUACAGACGCUGUGGAAAGCCCAGAUCAAAAGCCCAAAGUUUCUGAUCCGUCGCUCACAGACUCGGAAGAAGACACGAAAAAACGGAAAAAGCCUGCCGAUGACGCUGGCAAAGACAAACCGCAUCUGUCCGCACUGACCAAUUCGAGAACUAGACAUUUGAAAAAGACCGACGGCGAGCCGUACUGGCGCACAGACAUCAAGUUCAUGUUUCUGAUGAAACUGUUCUUCAACAACAAGAGAGUGUUUAAGAACCCCUUUAAGAGCCCGAACGACAAGUUUGAUUGGCCAGAACACUUCAAGCACUACAUCGGACCGUCCGGUGAACAGAUCUUCAACGACGGCUCGCAAUUGACGUUUUUCGAGCUGUAUCUGGUCACCUUGAUGAAAAGCUCCAAAGUGUCUAAGGUGUUGAAAGACAGGCUGUCGCACGAUCUGAGCUAUGCAUUGAACUUCUCCAUCAUCAGCAUUCUCGUCAACAUUGGCCGUCUCAACACAACGGUGAAUUUCGACUACGAGAUGAAAUCGCAGUUCAGAACGUACCAUUCGGUCCCGUCGUUGCACGUUGGUGACCAUACCGCCAUUUUCGAGAAAUUCUACGCUCUCCGCCCCGUCGAGGCAAAACUCAAAACAGAGGACACAAAAAGCUACUUCCCUCUGUCAACCGUGAAGCCACUUCAGGAUACACCCCGGAUCAAGUCGAUUCUCAAAUCUAUCAACGACUUGAACCAGGAGGUGCCCAAAAACUUCAAGGAGUUCAUCAUAGGCAUGACGGAAAAUAACAAGUUUAACCUCAACGUCGUCAGUCUGCUGUUUCUGCUUUGUGUCCACGAGUACGAGAUCGGCAAGACGUUCUUCGCGAUCCCAGAAAACGAUCAGACCGAGUCCUUAUCGACGGGCUCGCUAUUUAACGAUAUCUGGCUGAAAAAUGAUAUCAAGUCUUCCGACGAGGUCGACAGAUUUUUGUGGCUAAUCUAUCUGUUUUUGGAGACAGAUUUCGACGCAGAGAAGGUUCUGGCCAACCCAUUCAAUGUGGAGUCUGGUUCGGGCUCGGGCUUUGAGUCGUCGCUCAACAUUGCAGAGGAGAUUGCUAAUGGUAACGACGCUGUUCUGGAGAAACUGCGGUCUCUAGUGCCGCCGGCACGCCCUGUUGACGAGACUGAGAAUGCUGGAUUAAUCAAUGAUGUGGACUCAGAAAGAGAAACAGCUUUUGCAACGUACAUGAAAGAUCUCCGACUCAAGUUUUUGGAGGAAGCCAUGAGCGAUGACGACGGAAAGAAGAACAAACGGCCAAAGAAGGCCAAGAAGAGCGCUGAUGGCGAUGAAACCGAUGGCGACCAGACCAUAAACGGGGUGGACGAGACGAACGGCAAGAAGUUGAAGCGUAGCCACGGCGACGACGAUAUUCUGCCGUCCGAGACUGGAGACGAGUUUUCGAGCGAGAGAAAGAGAAAGAGAAAGAAGCUGGGCGAGGGGCCGCUGAAGCUGAGUUUGGGCGACAUCGAAGCGUUCUUGAGUGCAGACAUCCGUGCGGGAGCCACCUCGAAAACGAUGAUCAACAAACGGAACAAAAAUCACUAUCUUGCUGCGUUCCUAAAAGACCUGAUACUGAAAAGAGCAGACGACCUGAAACGCAAGCGACUAAAAAUGGGACAUUUGAAUUGCAUGGACAAGCUGGAGAAGCUCUUACUGAUCCAAACGGACGGAAAGAAAAACGGUGGCUCGAAAGACAAACUGGACGAGUUGCAAAUUAAUUAUUACAAAGAUUUGAAACGUAUACUCAGUUUUGUUGGCGAUGUGAACAGCGAGAAACCAGCGGCAGAUUCGUUUUUGGACAACGCUUUUGCCAAUAUAUAG